GCUAAGUAGUACCUUCGCUCAGCUCAGUGUUUGCAGCUAGCUGAUUAGUUUGGUUCUUCUUGCAACUGCGAAUCAAAAAGCUACGAAGAGAUCCUGUGCUGGAGACCAAUGUUUCAUUGUGCAUGAAAUCAGAAUGAAAACUUCAUGUGACGUUCAUCUUCAAAGACGAUAGUGAACUCAAUCUUGUGUGUGAUCUACCUUAAAGACUACCAUCAUGAGCAAAGCUAAGGUUGAGAAGACGGUCUAUACCGUACCUGGUUCCAGGAUGACUACUAUGCUCUACUCCCUUGACAAGCUAAACAGUACGAGCUCUGAGGAUGUGGAUCAGUUACGCUAUAUCACAGCAAAGAUACAGCACUGCCUCAAAGAUCAUGAGAAGGUCAGAAAAGAGGUCAUGUCCAAAGCAACCAACGGCUUGGAGAUACUCUUCUCAACGUUGGAGAGUUCCAAAGACAGCCAGGUUUCUCUGAAUGUGACGUACAGUCUCCAGGAGCUCCUGCAAUCCGUAAAGAGAGCCCAGAGUAUGGUAGCAAGAGGAGCUACGCAGGUUCUUCUUACUGCCCUUGGUACAGCUUCCAAGCAACAACCCACCUGUGAAGAACUCAUCGUUGGACUGCAUCAGGUUAUGGCUAAAGUUGGUCCUAAAGAUCGUAAGUUUGGUGUGAAGGCCCGUCUAAGUGGAGCCCUACCCAUCACAUUGGCCAUUGUUAGAGUCAACACAGGCAACCUAGACCUGGUCCAGCCUAUGGUUCAAGUCCUCAAGAUAUAUUCCACAAACUCUGUUAACUCAUCUCAUCUGGGUAAAGCAGGUGCAGUUAGCUCUCUUCUCAAAAUCAUCUCUGUCUGUGGCAAGCGACAUCACCCUGCGCUAAGGAGUGCCCUAGAAGCUCUAAGUCUCCUUGUGAAAUCAAAAAGCAACUCAGCUCGUGCAAUCGGUCAAGGAGGGAUGCCAAUCUUAGUACAUGCAUUCUGUGAAUGGCAGAAGACCGAUGUCAGAAACAGACACAUCAGUAUACGCAAAGGUAUACUGAAUGUCAUCAAGAACAUCACCACACUCAAAUCAGGGAAGAAGACCUUUGCAGAUUGUGAUGGUAUUAAGGUGCUCUUCAGUGCUGCUGUCUCUAUGGCAAAUAGCUCAAGCAAGGAUGUUGAGACGAUAGUGAACCUGAUCUGUAUCAUCCUAAGGAAGUGCUUCCCUAAGAACCGUCUACCAGUGCCUACCAUUAGGAGUAGUGUUUCAUUCAGUCUUCCUAUUGUGCCAGAGGGACAUGCACUCCUACAACCCACCAAUGGAGAUGACGUUAUCGACGAGAGCGAUGAUCAGGAUGAUGAUGUCAGUAGCGGUGACGAGAACAAAGAGGAGGAACCUCAAAAGGGUGAAGCUGUAGAAGAAGGAGAUAAACAGAUGGCAUCAGAGACUCAACAAAGGACGCCUGAAGAUCUAGCAACCUACCUCAAAUUCUUUCCUGAACUUGUCGACUUUGAAGAGCAUAUGACUGAGCCUGAGGAAGGAGAACUUGAAGACGCAUCAUCUCAGCGUCCUGGGACCACCAUCCACAUACCCACCGCCAAGUCAGACCUACCAAGAGGUAGCUCCAGGAUGGGCGCAACGACUCAAAACCUCAGAGAGAACCGCUUCAGUUUGCCAAAUUUGUCCAAGUACGGUAGUCUCGUCACAAACUAUCCUUCCAGCGAUGAUGCAAAUGUUGAUAUUGCUAAGCAUCAAGGCAGACAGGGCCCCGGCAAGGCCAACUCCAAUGCAUGGUUCUCGCAAGACAAUGACGACUCCACGUUUGCAGGACACUUCAACCUUGGUGGUUCAGCCAUGAAUACAGACCUUUCGUCAGAUUCAGUGCCUUCGUCAUUCAGGACUACAAACCCUAGGGUAUCUGCCAAACAGUCUAGAUCCGUCCAUAACCUGAGGCGUAGCCACUCGCCGACCAAAGGAACAAAACAUGGCAACGGUUUCAAGUAUACCAGUCCUGAGCGUCAUGUGACUGCCCAUGCUCUUUGGGGCAUCGGGGAUGAGCACCCCACAGAGAGCAUUGAGUUUGUGAGGUCAUCGAUGACCAUCUCGAGAAUGACCCUCCGCAGUCCCACCGACGUCCCGAGCUCGAACAAUGAAAUGUUGAUGACGGAGGAGGUCAGUUUGGACGAGGUGAAACCUGAUAUGUAUGGGGACACGUUAGCAAAGACGAAGAGAGUGCUUCCGUUCCGUAGGAUUGCCCAUCCUGAAAUACAUGGACAUUCGACCGGCGAUUUGGUGGAAGAGUUCUAUGACAAACCAGCUAGUGUCCAAAGGUGCCUUGUCUUUGAAGACAUUGACAGGAUGAUCCACCCACAUAAAGUGAUAGAGAAGACUGUCUAUGAUCUAGAUGAGCUCAUGAAGAAUGGAGCAACACGCUUUACUCCAACCAACCAUGGAGCACACAACUCUAGAUCUGGAGCUGAUGGAGAGUCGCAAAGUCUUUCUUUCAAUUCUUUGUUUGAAUGCGGCAAUCUUAGAAGAGCAAUACAGGUCAGGAAGCACGAGUAUGAUUUAAUCUUGAGAUCAGAUAUCAACAGCAACCAUCAUCAUCAAUGGUUCUACUUUGAGAUAUCAGGGAUGCAGGCCGGUGUACGUCAUCGAUUCAACAUCAUCAACUGUGAGAAGGCUAAUAGUCAAUUCAACUAUGGCAUGCAGCCAGUGAUGUACUCCGUCCACGAGGCCAUGGAAGGGAGCCCUCACUGGGAGAGGGUAGGGUCGGAGAUCGCCUACUACAAGAACAACUACAGCCGUAGCACCGCAGCCACCGGAGGUCAGAAGGGCAAGACCUACUUCACCUUUGCCUUCACCUUGACCUUCAAACAUGACAAGGACAUCUGCUAUCUGGCUUAUCAUUACCCUUUCACCUACACGACACUACAGGUUCACCUGAGUAAGCUGCAAGCUAGUUUAGGAGAGUUCAGUGACAUCUACUACAGGAAGCAGAGCCUGUGCCUGUCUCUAGGAGGCAACGAAUGUCCAGUCCUCACUAUCACAGCCAAUCCUACAACUCUGGACAAAGAGGGCGUCUUGCAAUUCAGGUGUCGAAGGUACCUCUUCCUGUCAGCUCGUGUCCAUCCAGGAGAGAGUAACAGUUCUUACAUCAUGAAGGGUACUCUAAAGUUCUUGAUGAGUACACACCCGACAGCCCAGGCUCUCAGAGAGAUCUUCAUCUUCAAGAUUGUACCUAUGCUAAACCCUGAUGGAGUCAUCAAUGGAAGCCAUCGUUGUUCUCUGAGCGGAGAGGAUCUUAACAGACGUUGGUUACAACCGAUCAAAGAGCUUCAUCCAACCAUCUAUCAUACCAAAGGACUGCUUCAAUACCUCAAGCUUAUCGAGAGGAGCCCACUGGUGUACUGUGAUUUCCAUGGGCAUUCAAGGAAGAAGAAUGUGUUCAUGUACGGCAACAGUGCAGCCAUGUCCCACUCUCCUGAGGAUCUGAUCAAGUUUGGAAUCCCGUCAGGAGUGUCCGGUGCUAAAGUAGAAGAUACAAGCUACAAGACCCUUCCUCGUAUCCUGAGCAGCAUAGCCCCUGCAUUUUCCCACAGUAACUGUAGCUUUGCUGUAGACAAGGGCAAGGAGUCUGCUGCUAGGGUAGUGGUAUGGAGAGAGAUAGGUGUAGCCAGGAGUUACACUAUGGAGAGUACAUACUGUGGCUUCGAUCAGGGCAAAUAUAAGGGUCUACAAGUAACAACGGCCAUGCUGGAGGAGAUGGGGCAGCACUUCUGCGAGGGUCUUUACAAGCUUGCCCGUAGGUUUGAAGCAACAGGUACAGCUCACAGACACCUGUACAACCAUACCUCCAGUGUGACUGACCCCAGCAGCUCAGGGGUGUCUAGUACCUACCCUUCAGCUCAACCCAUGGAGGAUGAGGAUGAGGAGGAUGGGGAUGAAUUCUUUGGUGAGAUGGAGAAAGCCCCUGCGUGUGAGAGGAAGCGAAGUCAUCUGAUGACGGACCUCAAGGAGGAGCUCACACCAAGCGAGAAUGAGGAGGACGAUGAGGACGAAGUGGAAGAGGAGGAGGAGGGGGAUGUUGUGUUUGUGUAUGGACUCGAUGAUGACAGCAUCCCAAAGAUAGAUCGGAAGGUGGUCGAGGAGAUGGAGGAGAGGGAGGAGGAGGAGGAGGAGGAUUAUGGAUAUCCUAAGGAUUCCAUCGUGGGCGGUCCAGUAUGAUGCGGUUAGUGAAUUUCUAUGGUAACGCAUCAUCAUCAUAUGCCAAAGGUAUUAUAGUUCAAAGGAUUCCAUCAUUAGAACUGUAACGAGAAUGGGAGCGUCACAUCAAGAGAUGGUAUUUGAAAUCAUCAUUUUACUGUGGAGUAAAAUAGACAUGGUGUUUUAUAGCCAGGGGGUCAUUUGGGUGAUACAGUAACAGAAGGAGACACUUGAUGAAAUAAGAGAGGUAACAGGGAAGAAUAGUUUGAGGUAGGAUGAAAGUGGUGACAAUAUGUGUCAGCACUUUGAAGUAGGAAGAAAGAAACCAACUCUACAAUUCAAAUACCUCAUAAAAGUGUCAUCUAUGAUAGCUGUAUUAAUGAUAGUUUCUGGUGCAGGAUUGUUUGUCUGUUGGCUUCACAUGC